AUGUUUACUCCAUUCAGUAUAGAUUUGCUUCCCAUGGACCAGGUUAUCGAGAAUCUCUGGAUCGGUGAUCUCUCAAGCGCACUCAACACACCUAUGCUCAAGGCGAACAACAUCCACAGUGUCUUGACUGCUAUGCGGGGACGCUUGUCUAUACAUGAGACUUUCAUCCGCAAGCAAGUCAACCUCGAUGAUACAGAGGACGCGGACAUCCUCGUCCAUCUCGUCUCUGCCAUCUCAUUUAUCGAAGAGGAGUUGGAGAAAGGGCAUGGCGUAUUAGUGCACUGUCAUGCCGGUCUGAGCCGCAGUGCAACCAUCGUAGCAGCAUACCUUAUGUAUGCGCAGGAAAUUGACGCCCCAUCAGCUCUAGAAGUAAUCAGGAAAGCGAGACCGAAUGUACAACCAAAUGCUGGGUUCUUGGAGCAACUGGAUAUUUUUCAUGAGGCUUCGUUCAAGGUUUCACGACGCGACAAGGCUACGCGGAUGUUUUAUCUAGAGCGCGUAGUCCGGGACGUCAUGAGUACGUCCUCCGAUUCUGAUUCUGACUCAUUCUUCCUAUAUAACGAAUUCCUCUAUCCAGACGGCGACGGUUCAGUAGAGACUGACAUGUUUGCCAAAUACCCUCGCACGCCAUCAGAUUCGGCGCCAGCAACGCCAGCGGGUCCACGACGGCGGAUUCGGUGCAGGAUGUGCAGGCAAGAACUUGCGACGCGAGAGCACAUGCUUGACCACGGUCAGCUUGGGCCCCCGACACCAGCAUCUCUGUCAGCGGUUUCUCCUGCGGCGUCGCGGCGACCAUCCAUGCACGACGGAAAGCCAUUCAACGUGCUUUCCCCGCUAUCCCCAAUCUCCCCUCCGGGCUCCCGUCGGCCUUCCAUGCUUGGUAAUAGACCCGGGAGCUCACUCUCGCCGAUGUCCCCACCAGCCUCACGUCGCCCAUCCACUCACGAGCCUGCGAUUCGCUCACGACUCAACUCGAACGCAGACAAUCGACCCCUCAAGUCCUCUCUACUUGCGCUUGACGGCGCGGCGCAGUUUGGACACGAUCUCUCGGACGCGCUGCAGCUGUCUGAGUCCGCACUUGAGGGCGAUGACGACUCUGUAGAUGAAGAGUUCGACCCAGCGCCUGCCAAGCCUGAGAGAAAGAGCGCGGCGGUGGUCAACCUGCCGUUGAUCACGCCUUCGGCGUCCUCGUCCUCUGAGUCAGGAAACCUUCCCUCUGUUGCCAGACGGCCAUCGGCAUCAUCGCGCUCCAGCAGUUUUGCACACCCGUCGGACCUCGCUGCGCAGCUGUACGCGAACCCGAAGCUUGCAGCACUCCGUCGACCGUCGCUAUCAGCACUGAAUAUGUCGCCGAUCUCGCCGGCAGGCCCUUCGAAUGGCGCCAAGGCGGUACCGUUCAGUCCACCGAUCCUUGCAAACCCGAAGUGUUCAGGUUACUUCGUUGAACCGAUGAAGUGGAUGGAACCGUUCUUGGAGGAGGGCCAGAUGGCCGGGAAGAUCGUGUGCCCGAACAAGAAGUGCGGCGCGAAGCUGGGUAAUUAUGAUUGGGCGGGUGUCUGCUGCAGCUGCCACGAGUGGGUCGUACCGCCCGUGCAGUGGUGA